AACAACAACAAGUUCAACAACAACCAUUCAAAGCUACUUUCUCUUUAGGUGGUUUCAGUGCCCAUAAUUCUCCCAUUAGUCAACCUAUGGGAUCUCCUGCUAGUUCAAACUAUUCUGUUCAGCAAAUAUCUCCUGCUCCUUCCGCUGACUCACCUCCUGGUUAUUCAUCUAAUACUUCAUAUUUGCGUCAUAAUUCUAUAAACAAAUCUACUACAUCUUUGAAUGCAAUGACAGCAAACACAACUCCAGAUAAAAAUAAUCAAACCAAGCAAUCAAUUGAUUCAAGUAAUUUUGAUUGUGGAAUUUGUCUCAAGGAUGAAUGUUUAUGUGAAACUGUAGGAUUGAAAGAUCCAAAGCCAGAAGAUAGUCAGAAAGUACUUGAUGAAAAGUUGAAAUCUUUCAAGCCCAUGGCUGCAGUUUCAUUAAGUUCUAAGAAAAAGAGACCAGUAUCUGCUAUGAAUGACAAUGUUAAAGAGAUCGAUUUCACCCAAAAGUUCAAACUGAAGCCAAUGCCAGAUCUUAAGAAAUUAAAGAAGUCGGCUUCAGUUUCAAACGGGUUUGAAUUUAAUGAGAAUUCUCCAGUUGAAAAUUGUGGUUUCUGUUCCGAUGAUACUCCUUGUGUAUGUAGAGAAGCUGCAAAGGAAGCUGCCCUUAUAAACGAAAAUCUCAAUAGACAAGCUUCAGUUACUACCAACUCAGAAAUGGGUACAAAGUCCUUACCACCUAUUCAAGUUGAUUUGAACAAUGGAUUCAGAAAAUCUUCAUUACCAGUAAUGCAUCCGGGUCCAUCAGUUGAAAUUAGUAAUAUCGCUAAUUUAACUCCUGGAGCUGUACCCAAUGUGGUUACUCCAACAACUAGAAGAUCAGAUUCUGUAUCUUCCAUGAUUAAGAAUAGUUCAACUACUGAUUUAUCUGAGGAAAAGUCUUCAAAUUCAGAUGGUGGUUGUACUGGUAAUCCAGGUACUUGUCGUCAAUGUCAAAUGGAUCCAAUGUCUACAUUAUUUUGUACUACUGUUGCUAGUAAGAAUCAAGCUCCAACUUCUGCCACUGUAGCAGGAGGUAUUUUAUCUAGAUCCGGGUCUAAAACCAAUCUUCCAUCAUUUACCAGCCUUAAUGCUGGUACUAACUCAUCCACAACUAGUAGUAUGAAUUCUCGCCCUUCGACUCCUGGACCGAAUUCAAGUAAUUCUGGAAUCUUUAUACCUUGUGCCGAUGCUUAUAAAACAUUAUCAAGACAUAAAAAUUUCAAUUCAGCUGAUUUUGGUACAUUGGUAGGCAAGUUAACUACAAGGGGUAUGCAAGUGGAGGUUCAAUCAGUUGCAAAUGUUUUAAGGGAAUUGGAUAGAAGGUUAUACAAUUAGGAACUUUUUUUAUUUUCAAGGUUAUUCAUAUAUAUUUAGCUACAUUCAAUUCUUCAAUUUCAUUAUUUAAUAAUAUAACAAACGUUUACAUUACU